CAGAGAAGCAAAUCAUCAAUGCCUUUCCAAGGGUGAACUAGUCAGGAAGCCGUUUAAGAUUCCGGGGUCUGGCAAAGGAGAGGUUCCCAGACCGACCCAUAAAAAGAAAGCCCGCAUGGCGCGGACGCGCUCCGAUUUCUUGACUAGAGGUACUUUUGCUGAUGGGGAGGGGGAUACGGAGGAAGAUGAUUGCGGUGGCUAUUUUGAGUUCCUUCUCUCCUCUGAGCAACCUCCUCAUGCCGGGGCGGUGCCUGCAGCCCGCCUGGGCCAGGCCUGUUACAGUGACUCCGAAAUGACAGUGCAGCGAUUUGCCGCGGGGGAAGGCCAGACGAAACUUCACAAAACCAUGUCUCAGGGGGAGAUCGGGAAGCUGGUGGCCACACAGAAGAGCCUGGCUUCAGAUGGGAGGCCUCAGCGAGCCAAGAUGAGGUUCUGGGUGAAGGGAAAGCAGGGGGAGAAGAAGACCUCACGGGAGAAGCUUGCUACCCAGUCUGAGCUACUGGAGCUGUACGUGGAGCAAGAAGCCCCUGGCAGGGAGGUCAUUGCUGGUUUGCAGCUUAGUGAAGAGUUGGGUCCUCACCACCUGACCCCCCCGCGGAGCCCUGAGCUGGCUGGUAUCUACCGACGGGAGUUCAAGGAGAACAAAGAGCCCUCUCCCAAAGUGAAACGCAAGCGCAGCGUCAAGAUCAGCAACGUGGCUCUGGAACCCGUGCAGUGGCAGAAUGACUCACUGCAGAUCAUAACCAGCGCUAGCGACUUGAAGAGCAUGGAUGAGUUUCUCCUGAAAAAGAUGAAUGAACUGGAUAAUGAGGACAGCAAGAAGGACACACUCGUGGAUGUUGUGUUCAAGAAAGCGCUGAAGGAAUUCCGACAGAACAUCUUCAGCUUUUACUCCUCGGCGUUGGCAAUGGAUGAUGGGAAAAGCAUCCGCUAUAAGGACCUCUACGCCUUAUUCGAGCAGAUUCUGGAGAAGACCAUGAGACUUGAGCAGAGGGACUGGAGUGAGUCUCCAGUUAAAGUCUGGGUCAAUACUUUCAAAGUCUUCCUGGAUGAAUACAUGAUAGAGUACAAACCCCUGGACUACACUGCGGUAAAGGUGCCAAAAACAGAACGAAAAAAGAGAAGAAAAAAGGAAGCAGAUGUGGUGGAAGAGCACAACGGUCACAUUUUUAAGGCGACCCAGUACAGCAUCCCCACAUACUGUGAAUAUUGUUCCUCCUUGAUCUGGAUAAUGGACAGGGCUUCUGUUUGUAAAUUAUGUAAAUAUGCUUGUCACAAGAAGUGCUGUCUUAAAACCACAACCAAGUGCUCCAAAAAGUAUGACCCCGAGCUGUCAUCUCGGCAGUUCGGUGUGGAGCUUUCCCGCUUGACCAGUGAGGAGCGGGCAGUGCCGGUGCUGGUGGAGAAGCUCAUCAACUACAUCGAAAUGCACGGGCUGUACACAGAGGGCAUUUACAGAAAAUCAGGGUCCACCAACAAGAUCAAGGAGCUGCGGCAAGGACUCGAUACAGACAUUGAUAAUGUGAAUUUAGAUGACUACAACAUCCACGUCAUAGCCAGUGUGUUCAAGCAGUGGCUCCGAGAUCUGCCCAACCCUCUCAUGACCUUCGAACUCUAUGAGGAGUUUCUGCGGGCGAUGGGCCUCCAGGAGAGGAAGGAGACUGUACGGGGAGUGUAUUCAGUCAUCGACCAGCUCUCCCGCACGCAUCUCAGCACCUUGGAGCGUCUCAUCUUCCACCUGGUGAGGAUUGCCCUCCAAGAAGAGACCAAUCGCAUGUCAGCUAACGCCUUGGCCAUCGUCUUUGCUCCCUGUAUCCUUCGCUGCCCCGAUACGACGGACCCGCUGCAGAGUGUUCAGGACAUCAGUAAAACAACCACGUGUGUAGAAUUAAUCGUCAUCGAGCAGAUGAACAAAUACAAGGCUCGUCUCAAGGACAUCAACAGCCUGGAGUUUGCAGAGAACAAAGCCAAGAGCCGCCUCUCCUUGAUCCGCAGAUCUAUGGGCAAAGGACGUGUGCGACGUGGUGCCUACCCUAGCCCGACAUCUCCUGUUGCUGUACGCUUGCCCUCGGUGACAGAUAUCCCUGAGGAGACCAUAAACAGUGAGGAAGCCAUGGAGAUGGAGGUGACAGAGCAGCAGCAAGUGGCCAUGCAGCAGGAGGAGAAGGUGCUGACUGAGCAGAUUGAGAGCCUGCAGAAGGAAAAGGAGGAGCUGACGUUCGAGAUGCUGACGCUGGAGCCCCGCGCCUCUGACGAUGAGACCCUUGAGUCUGAAGCCUCCAUCGGCACUGCUGACAGCUCUGAGAAUCUGAACUUUGACUCCGAAGGAGCCAUCUCGGAUCGCUCGGAGAGAAGCAUAGCACUUACCUCCCUGCGCCCCACCAAGGCGGAGGGGCCGAGCCGGCUGCGAAGGCACUCCAGGACCCGGCUGGCCCCAGCGGCCCCAGCCGACAUGUCCUUCUCCUCCUCCUCCUCAUCCCAAUCGUCCACCUCCUGCUUGCCCCACCUUCCCCGGAAGCGCUUCCAGAUGUACUCCAAAUCGCCUUUCUACCGAGCAGGGAGUCCGGGCGAGGCUCCCGAAAGCCGGGCAAGCCCUGAGGGCUUCAUGGGACCUCUCCGUUAUCCCGAGGAGCGCCCUCAGUUCACCACCCGUGGGACGUUCAACCCAGAGAAAGGCAAACAGAAACUGAAGAGCGUGAAAACUUCCCCCCCAAAAACCAAAGAGCCCCCAGAUGGGGGGACAGGGGGGACACGCAAGAGAAACCCCGAGGCUGACUGUGCUGCUGCCCAAUCCCUUGUCCUCCUGGGGAGCAACGAGUUCAUGGUCUGA